GUCCACAUUGCCGGCGCGCGCUCGCAAGCCUGUGUUAUUGUUGUCACGGUGGAGAGACGCCGCUAAUACUACAGCCUCUUAUCCGAGAUGUCCACGCCGCUCGACAAGCUCUUCCCCCACGGUGUGCGGCCAUGUCCUCCGCCGGCCCCGAGGCAGUCGUACGCGGCGAGGAGGAGCUUGGCCGCGGCGGCGAUCGGCGGCAGGAAGAUGACACAUCCCGGGAAGGCUAUCCUAGCAGGUGGCAUCGCGGGCGGCAUCGAGAUUUGCAUCACCUUCCCCACGGAGUACGUGAAGACGCAGCUGCAGCUGGACGAGCGAGCCAAUCCUCCACGGUACCGAGGCAUCGGUGACUGCGUGAAGCUGACUGUGCAGGAUCAUGGUCUCAGGGGCUUGUAUCGAGGUCUCAGUUCGCUCCUCUACGGAUCAAUUCCCAAAUCUGCAGUGAGAUUCGGCACUUUCGAGAUCCUCAGCAAUCCCAUGCGGGACGCCACGGGCCGGCUGGACAACAAGGGGAGCCUCGUGUGCGGUUUGGGAGCGGGCAUCACAGAAGCUAUUUUCAUCGUGUGCCCCAUGGAAACGCUUAAGGUGAAGAUGAUCCACGACCAGUGCUCGCUCAGGCCUCGCUACAGAGGCUUCUUUCACGGCGUCAGCGAGAUCAUCAGAGAGCAAGGUGUGCGGGGGACGUAUCAAGGUCUGACGGCGACGGUGCUUAAGCAGGGAACCAAUCAGGCCAUCCGAUUCUAUGUGAUGAAUGCGCUGCGCAACUGGUACAAAGGUGACGACACCAGAAAAGAACUGCACCCUAUCAUCACGGCCAUGUUUGGAGCCACAGCGGGAGCCGCCAGCGUUUUUGGAAACACACCUUUGGACGUGGUGAAAACCAGGAUGCAGGGUCUGGAUGCCCACCGCUACAGGAACACUCUGGACUGUGCCUUCCAGAUCCUCAAACAAGAAGGACCGCUGGCGUUCUACAAAGGGACCGUUCCCCGGCUCGGCCGUGUGUGCUUGGACGUGGCCAUCGUCUUUGUCAUCUACGAGGAGGUGGUCAAACUGCUCAACAACGUGUGGCAGACCCCCGAGGCGCACUAGAAAGUCUGAAGUGCCCCAAAAAAGCGCAAUCUCAAGACCAGUGAAGCCGCUCGACUACUUUCACCUUACGCGUCAAAACAUUUCAGGGACUGAACACGCCGAUAAGGUGUGUAGAAUGCAAUUUGGAGUGGGUUUUUUUUUUAGCAGUGAAGUCAAAAAGAAGAAGAAUCAUCAACCAAAGUUAUGAACGACAAAUGGACAGAAACUUGACUGCGUCCAGAAAGGGAGAUUUUGUUUGUGCUCUGUGUGGACAAAAUCAUUAGGAUAUAACAUUCAUAAACUCAUCCAAGCAUGCAUUUACAGACCUUGCUUUGUUCACUGGGGACAAGAAAGGGUCUUUACCCAGCAUAGAAAAUGUGAUGAGAUGAAGAAUCCCAGGCUCUUGGGUUAGCACAUUCUAAUAAUUUUGUCCAUAUCGUGUAAGAGGUGUUUUUGUUUUGUCACAGGUAUGUGGGCUAAGCGUUUAGUACUAACACCGAAAACGUGUCUUUGGGUUAACUGGGGGUGGUGGACUGGGGAAAAGACAGUUGGGGUCACAAUGAUGGCACAAAAAUGUUCACGUUCUAUUCUUCACAUGUAGCGUACACGGUGCAGUGUAUCCACCGAUGCUGGUUAGCACGUUAGCUUUAAGUAUCCCAUGCUUUCUGUCGUUUUGCCAACAGUCGCUGCUAAAUUGAGUCCAAGUCGUCUUUAAGCUUUGGGUAAAAAUGGUGAAAGCUUCUUCUUCGUCUUAAAAUGAUUGCAGUGUUUUUUUUAUGUUUUUACAACUAUUUAUUGUUCUCAUUAACUCUUUGUAUGCCAACAGUGUGUCUCAUGUCUCAUUCAUGUCUAAUUUAAUGUUUACACGGGCUUGACGAAGGAACUUGACAGGCUCAAUGACCAAAUAAGCUAACGUUUUGGAAGUUUGGAUCUGAGUGAAAACCGCUCUGCCUUGCACAGAAGCCUUCAAGUCCCCUUUUUGCCAAAACCUGAUCCCAUUUUGCAUCUUGAGCAGCACUACAUUGUUCAAAUUGUUACUCUGUGCGUGUGUGUGCGCACAUUUGUUGGCGUCAACAUGGACCUGUGCGAUUGUUUUGACUGUUACAAAAAGUACAUCAGGUAGACAAUAACUAAGAUGGAGACUUUGUCGUGUGGUAUGUUGAAAUAAAACCUUG